AUGGUGACCGGCCUUCACGACAUCGACGAAUACAUCCAGGCGCAGCUGCUGCUCGCAGCUCUGAACAUCACAACCCACGUCCUGAAUAAGGGAGGCACCUUCGUGGCCAAGGCCUUUGCUGUCUGCCGUGGGUACUGCCCGCCCGAGGGCUACGUGCCCAGCAUGGCCAACCCGCUGCUGGACCACUGCUACGAUGUGGAUUUUAAUCAGCUGGAAGGGCCCAACAGAGUGAUUGUCCCGUUCUUGGCCUGUGGGGAUCUGAGCGCCUACGAC